UAGAAGAGUCUGAAGCGAAAGUCACUGAAUCGAGAAUUUGACCGUGUAUAGUGACAAUGAUGACGACAGAACGACUGCACAUACUGUUGGAAUUGUGUGUAUUUUAUGAAUUUAAAUAUAUUUUGUUUUGUGGUAGCUAUUGAUUUGCUCCCCUGCAUUUCCUACUGUAUAAUGCCUAGGUGGCGCAAUGAGACUUUAAGAAUGGCGGUUAUCUGACUAAAUCAACUACCUCUGCGAAUCGAAGAAAGUCAACACGAUAUUUCUAUCCUCGAAAAUGUGACGUUACUAUCUUGGCAUUCCUAAAUAACAUGAUUAUGACAAAGUGAAAACAUAUAUUAAACAACAUUAACCUAAGCAUCACUUCAUCAUGGCCUCAUCUACUCCUUCUGUACCUCCGUGUAGAGGAGCACCGGCCACAGGAACCACGCCCACCGUGUCACCAGAAGAAACCAACUUCCUACGAUUUGUCAAUCUAGUCCUGAAGAGAGCACCAAAGGCUCUAAGGGUCCAUUUUGAUGCAGUUCAUCCUCCAAAUAACCUUGUCACUGACCUAGCAGCACAAAGACCUACGUUGUCAAGCUUGAAAUCUAGAAGAAUAAUAAAUCAGGUCCAGUGGGACGCACUUUUUGGAGCUAACAAUCCAAUGUCAAAAGACUUUGAUGUUACACUGUUAAUCUGCCUUAUACGAAACAUGAGUCCCUGUACACCAGCACCAGCAGGAGGAUUCGAUGUUCUACCUAAUCCUUCAGAUGUCAGUACCGGGGCUGACUUAGUACGAAUCAAGUUCUACAGAAACAAAGUGGCCCAUUCAUCAGAUGCGAAGAUGAACAUAAAUGAAUUUAAUUUAAGUUGGACAGAUGUUGAGGAAGCUAUUGGAAGACUUGGAGGUUCAGCAUUACUGAAUGAAACAAAAGCUUUAAGAUUUUCUCCAAUUGAUGAAUCUGAGAGAGAAUUGUUUUUAGAAAUAAAGCGACUGAGGUUGAAACAGCUAGAAACGGUCCCUUGGAAUGUCAAAGAAUUAAUAGAAGAAAAACUCUUGUCCUGGGAAAAAGAGGAUCAAGUGUUUGUAGAAAUAAAACCUUCUACAGCUGUCGAAACGUUUAUAAGAGAAAAUCCAUGCGUUGUUGUGGUUGGCCAUCCAGGGUCGGGAAAAUCAGCUAUCAUUCACCACAUCGCCUUGAAAUUAGGCAGAGAAGGGUUUUCUAUUAUACCAAUCAACCGUCCCGAAGACAUUUUGACAUACCACAAUAGAAGAAAUCCGCAAGUCUUUGUGGUUGAUGACCCUUGUGGGGAAUAUGCGGUCAAUGAUCAGGCUAAUGAAUGGGCAAAACAUUCUGAAGACAUUAAAAAAUGUUUGAAUUUUAAGCAAAGCAAAGAUCAAGUUGAGUCAAAACUUCUCAUUUCAUGUCGUUUAAUGAUAAGUUCUACCCGAGCAUUCCGAAGAAUUAAGAUAUUUUUCAAUGUCUUAUUCAGUUUGGAAAACCAAGAGAAUCAUCUAACUUUCAAUGAGAAAAAACAGAUCUUGGAAUCUCACGUAAAACGUGACUUGCAUUGCCCUAUGAAGAUUUUUGAAAAACACAUUGAUUGUUUCCCAUUACUUUGUAAAUUUUACGUUAACAUGUGCACUGAUCCAGAGCAUUCGACAUCAUUUUUUGAAAACCCAUUUAUUCAAUUGGUUUCUAAGCUUGAUCUCUUGAUAGACGACCCUAAGCCAGGGACCAUUUACGAAUACUGUUCUCUAGUUUGUUGUUUCCUUGCCAAGCAUAAACUUGCUCUAUAUCUCUCAAAUGCAGAACAAAAUGAAGAUUUUGAAUCUCUCUAUGAAAUUCACAAUGCUUGCGAAGCUGAUAUUAAUCCGAAAGAAUUACUGUUAGCUCUGAACCGACAGAUUGGAAAAUAUGUAAAACGUGAUGGUCCAACAUUUUCCUUAAUACAUUCAAAACUAUUGGAUAUCAUUGUGUGGCACUUUGGAAAACAAUCACCUAAAACUUUGAUACAAUUCUCGCCUUUGGAAAUAUUUCAAAAUAGACUAAGGCCACUAGGAAGAUUAAAAGAUGACGACAUUCAAGAUUUGUUUCUUGUAGAAUUGGACGCAAACAUGCUGACAUCUUACACUAAAAGAAUACAAAAAGAUAUCAACCAAGGAAUUGCCAUUGAUAUAUUUGAAAAUCAUUGCAUGCCAAAUGCUCGCAUUGAAACGUGUCUGUUUGAUUUAUUAGUGGACGGAAAUGUUCUAAACGAAACACUGUCAAAAAGAAGCUAUAAUUAUCCCUCAAGUGAUAUUGAAGCAAACACCUUUCUUUCCAAAGAACAUUUUUUGAAAAAAGGUCGACUUACAUUUCUUCAUUUAACAAUUUUGUGGAAUUGGGCAACUUUUUUGGAAAAACUUUUUGAAACACAGAAUGAAGUUUUGUCAGAAAUAAUGUUUACUCAACGAGCAAGUACUAUCUAUUUAGCUGUGUUAAGUGGAAAUAUCCAGAUUGUGAAAAGGUGUUUCCAUUAUUAUAGUGAGAUUUUUGACAGCCUUGUUGAAUUCAUGAAUUUUGUAAUGGAACAUGACAUUUUCUGUUUGUUUUGUGAUAGAAACCCGAGGGAUGUAGGACAUAAAUUGUACUGCCCAGUUUCACAAGUUCCUUUCCCUCUACUUGUUUGUAUUUUUGGUAAUCUAGGAAUUCUGGAAUAUCUUAUCCAAAUCAAAGUUUGUUCAGAAAGGGAUUUCAUUUCGGAAUAUCGACUCUUUGAUGAAACAGUAACACCAUUGAUGGUGACUAGUUUAUAUGGACAUUGCAGUAUUGUUCUCUUCUUACUUCGACAUGGAGCAUCUGCUAAUUUUAGAAACCAAGAUGGAUUUUCAUCCCUUCAUGAAGCUUGUCAAGAAGGACAUUUAGAAGUUAUAAAAACGUUACUUGCCUUUGACGCUAAUGUUAAUUUGAAAGAUAACGAUGGAGAGACGCCAAUUUUCCUUGCAUGCAGAUAUGGUUUCAUAGACAUUAUAGACCACCUUUUGAACAAUGGAGCAGAAAUUGAUUUGCAAGACUCUCAGGGACUGACACCAUUACAUAAGUCUAUAUCCGAAGGGAACAUUGGGAUUGUACAAUGCCUUAUUGAAAAAGGAUGCGAUAUCAACAUAGCUUCUAAAAGAGGUGAUACACCUUUGACUCUAAUUUCCUCUGAUGGACAGUUUGAUAUUUUGAAUAUGUUUAUAGAGAGGGGAAUGAACAAACAAGAACUACAAGUUGGGAUGCAAAAAGCUUGCGAGAAAGGUUAUAAAAGUAUCAUUUCCACAUUUUUAGAGAACGGGGUGGAGAUUAAUUCCCAGAAUACGCAAGGUCUUACACCUCUUCACAAUAGCUGUGUACAUGAUAAUUCAGAACUUGUUGAUUAUCUUUUCUCAAAAGGAGCAGUUGCAAAUAUUACAUCAGACAAUAAACAAACUCAUCUUCAUUUUGCAGCAAAAUAUUUAUCGGAAAAAUGUUUAUCAGUUCUUCUAGAACACAAGGCAGAUAUAAAUGCAGUUGAUGACAAAGGGAGAACGGCUCUUCAUCAUGCUUUAAGGGCACCAGAUUCUUGCGGAUACUUUACGAGGAAAGUGGACGAGGAAAUCUUAAGGAAGAUUAAAAGAAUCACAGAUGUUCUUAUUGAAAAUAAUAUCGAUCUAAACGCGGCUGAUAUCUAUGGCUGUUCAUCAUUACACAAAGCCUGUUCCAGAAAUUUACCGGUAAUUGACAAAACACUCAUUCAAAAUGAACAUGGUUCCAGUCCGCUUCAUUUAGCUUGUGUAAUUGGAAAUUUGGAGAUUGUGACAACACUGGUUACACAUGGUGCAAAUGUUAAUAUUCCAGACAAGACUGGGUCUACCUCAUUACACAUUGCAGUAAAGCAUGAACAUCGAGAUGUUAUUUCCUUCCUGAUAUUCAAAGGAGCAAAUGUUAAUGCAAGAGAUAAUGAUGGUUGUACACCACUGAUAUUGGGCUGUGGCCAAAAUUACAAGGAUGCCGUUGUUAUAUUAUUGAAUACUGAGGCUGAUAUUAAUAUAGAAAUAAGUGAAGGAUUAAACGCUUUAACCAUAGCAACUAAAAACCAUCGCUAUGACAUUUGUGAUGUACUGUUUGAAAAGGGAGCAUAUUUAAAUGAAAAAAACUAUAUGUGUCUGUUACAAUCGUUUACAAAUGAAAAGGGUAUAAGUAAGCUUCUGGGCAAAUAUGGAUGUACAAUGAGUAAGUACAGAAAUAAAGAGGGCCAUUCACUUCUGCAUUUGGCAACGAUAAACAGCAAGGUAUGCUGGGUAAGAAGUCUUCUUGAUAAAACAGAGUUAAUUACAGCAGUUGACAACAAAGGACAAUUUGCCUGCGAUUAUGCGAUAUACAAUAAGUUAAAAAGCAUUGUUGAAUUGUUUUUAGAAAGAUACACGUCCGAUGGAAAUCAUGAUUGUGUACGCAGGUGUAUGAGAAAUCUUAUGCACGACAGUUUUGAGAGUCGUAAUAAUAGUCCUUUUGUGGGUUUUAAUAAUCAUCUUUUUCCAGGUCCUUAUUAUGAUCUUUCUACACUUAGAAAUUCUGUUAAAGAAGUUUUGAAGCUUGGAAAAUGUUCGGUGAAAGAGUUUAUAAAUGAGAAAAAUUUAGCAGGGUGUACACCCCUUCAUUAUGCAGUUCAGAAUCCAACCAACAUCUCAACACUAAUAGCUUUUGGGGCAGAUAUUGAAAUUAAGGACAAAUCUGGUCGAGAUGUUCUACAUUAUGCUAAAGCUUGUGACUUUCAGAAAACUGCAGAAAUCCUUGAACGUCAUCUUACCGUCAGAUCUGCAUCACACAAUGAUGAGAAAUCAAAUUAA